AUGGUGAUUUUUGGCCUCGUUCGUCAUCUCUCCAUAGCCCGACGGAGAUGCGUGGUGCGAAAUUGGAGUUUGGACGGGCCCGGCGGCGGCGUUAGGGUGGGGCCCGACGUCGGCGUACGGACGGGGAUGUGCGACCCAACGUCGGAGUUCGGACAGAGAUGGCAGGCGUUGGUCCGAGGGGCUGUUCCAAAGUACGUUGGAGGUGAUGAAGCUGUGGUGAACAUGGUUGUCGAUGUAUUGUCCUAUUUCGAGUUAACAAAGACCCUAAUUGAAGAUUUAGAGUAUGUCUCCGUGGAAAGGCUUUGGUACUUGACUCCGGGUAAAAGUAUGGCCACUGGAUUGCACGAAAUUCAUUCAGACGCGGAGGUUAUGAAUGGAUUACUCCCAUGUGUAGCUAAAGGACAGGUGAGGGUCUACUUUGAAGCAACAAAAGACUUUGGUGAUGAUGGAUUUAUGGGUGACAACUACGGCCAUGAGCAUGAUGGUUCUGAUGAGGAUGGUGAAAACUCGGCUAUACCUGAAUUUGUUCAAGUAGGGGAAGAGGAUGAUGCCCAAACAUCUGAUGAAGAGUAUCAUGAAAUCAGGCAGAAGGCUCGAAACAGGAGGCAGAACUAUAGAGCUCGGAUUCAGGAGUCGGGUGAGGAGGUUGAUCAAGUGGUAUUGGAGGAGGAUGAGGGCAGUGAGAAUGGAGGGCAGAAUGUGAGUGGAAGUGAAGAGCAGAAUGUGGGCAGUGGGAAUGGAGGGCAGAAUCUUAGUCACAGAGUGCCACCACCUGGUGGUGUACGAGCAACAGAACCGGACCUGCCUCCUGUCAAUACCACACAGCCUCCCACUACUCAACCAGAGUCGCCUUAG